AUGAGCAUGGACGCGUCCGAAUCGUUGCGACAACAGUUCCAGCUAAUACAGGAACAACAGCAGAAAAAGCUUCUCGCUAGAAAACAACGAAAGACCAAGAAUUCUGACAAUACAUCAAGGGACGAUGAAGAAGCUACAACGGUUGAAGGCUUCUGGGGACAUGACUACAAAAGCGAUCAUUUGGACUUAAAAGUAUGUCAGUUUUGUUUUGAUUAAUUUCAAAGUUUGAGUACUACAUAGAAUAAGCAUACUAACUUGGAGUUUCAUUCUCGACUUGCUCACAAUUUGUACACAAGGGAACACUAUUGCUCUGGAGAAUAAAAUGAGCGGUUACUUUUUAUACUGAUUCCAGAACGUAACUUGGAUCUGUUAAUAAAAAAUAAUUUUAGUACACUAUCGACCUUUUACACCCAAAAAUCAACACGCAUAUUCUCCAUACUGUUCUCCAUACAUUUCCUGAGGUGCUUACACAGAGAAUUUGUUAAACAAUCGAGAGCUUCUUUAGUUGGUGAUCAUAUUUUUUACUCUCGUGACCUUAAUUUUGAUUCAGGGAUAAUAUUGUUAAGAUAAAUUACGUUUUAGUCAGUCCUAGGGGUCAAAGGGUCUUUUUGUACCUCUGUAAUGCUGAAAUUUAAAAGUUACAAAUGUUGCUACUUUCAGCUUGAUUCCAAGGUACCUUUUGGGGAAGAGGCACCCAUACACAAGGAACUUGAAGACUUGAAAGACACUAUAAGGGUGAGUUGAUUAUAAAGUGAUAAUCCAAAAUUAUUUGCUAUCCUGGAAUCUUAGUACAAUCCAGAAAAAAAAAAUUAUAUUGCAAAAAAAUUUAUUCUCUUAACCCCUGCACCAGCAGUCAGGCAGUGUUUUAAAAAUGGUUUUUCCCUGACAUCUUAGAGUAGGAUUUUAAGAUUUCCUGUUACUAGUCCAUGGCAUUUUUUAGAUUAAGGCUCUACCAGAUAGGUCCUUCAUCUUGACAUGGUUACAAGAAUAAAAUUUCUUUGAGCAGAUGAGGGUAUCAUUUGCAUAAACUCAUUCUCAUGAAUCAUACAGGUUCUUAAAGAUGAAAAUGGAAGACUUUACAAGCUUCUUGGUGAGAGAGAUGAAGAAAUGAGGAUUCUGAGAAAAGCUCGAGAUGAAGAGAAAAAGGCUUUGGCAGGUAAAAACUAAUUUAACAAUGACAUAAUAAAUGUUGCUUCUGAAGGAAGGUUUUUUUUGAAGGUUUUUCAGGUGUUCAAGCCAGUCAAUUGCUGAUUUUUUGGACAGCAUUUCAGAUUUGGUCUCUAUUCUCAGAUAAAUUUAGCUGUCAGAAGGGGUAUAGUGUAUAAUUAUUAUUUAAAAAAAUGGGGCUGCAUUGUUGCAGAGAACUGUAAGAUAAUUUGGUUUUAGCAACUGAGUUGAUAAUAAGAAUUGGUUAUUGGAGACAGCUUCUAAAGCUGAUGUUUUAAAUGUUAGCUAUUUGUCAGAGCAAAUAGAGGAAUUUUGGGUUGUGUGUAGUUCACAGAAAGAUGGCAGAGCUGCCCUAUUGCUACACUUUUAAGUAAUAUUGAUUACGUUAUCUAGAAACUUAGUUUGCAGCUAUUUUUCAAGUAGCAUGUUCACCUGGCAAAAGGGGAUUUUAUUACAAAAUAUGUGUUGCUUGACUAGUCAGAACAAAGAUCUCUAUGAUCAAUCCUCAGUCAUUAAAAUUUUAAGUGGUUCAAGGAAAGGUAGAGGAAAGGUAGAGGCCCCAAAUGAUUUUUGAGGAAACAUAUGCCUCUCCUUGUGUUCUGCAGCUGUAGGUCUGUAGGUCAGGUCUCUUGACAGUCACUUUGGGCUUUUUGUCCAUGCAACCCUUUAACUGCACUUGGUUACUUCAUGUUCUAGAGUGCCUAACUGCUGUGCAGUAUUUUGAGGGUUUAAGCCCCAGACUGAACCAACACUCUGGGUCUUAAACCUUCAACUUCCAGAAGUGAUUAACUUGUAACUUUUCCCCAUAAUAUCCAUACUUUAUCCAGUGAAAAGGCAAAGAGAAAAUUCAAACUUAUCAAGUAGAAGUUGUUAUCUUGAUUCAUUACCAAAUUCUCAUAACUAGUUUGCAAGAAAAUCUGUAGCAGCUAGAGGAGAGAAUUAAAAAUCUUGCAAGUUAAAGGGUUAAAAUAACUGAAUUUGUCAUGACAUGCACAAUUGGUUAGCAUUCUAGUCUUCUUGGAAAGGAUGAAAAACUGCAGGUCUCAUCUUGUGCAUCUUCUUUUUACUGGUUAGCAGGAGACAUUAAAGAAACCAUACACUUUUUUGUCAUAUGCAGCAUAUAGUUAUGGUUUAUGGUUCAUGGAACAUAAAUAUGUGUAUUUUGUGUAGAAUUUCCAUUUGAUUUUUGUAACUCUGUUGUUCUCUUAGGCACUGGAGUGGCUGCUGACACCGCUGCUGGUAGAAUCAUGGAACUGUCAAAGAAGAACAGAGACCUGACUGCAGACUUGGAAAGUGAACGUAACAAAGUAAGGCAACUGAUGAAGAAGAUGAGAGAGAUGGAAAGAGAGGUACAUUGCAUUGAUAUAGUAGCAUGAGAGUUGUUCAUUUUGUAGCUGUCCACUCUUAAACAAAAGGUAACUCUAGCACAUAUUUUUUUCUUUCUUUAAUGCAUGCUGACAUUUGUUGAAAGACUUGACUAGAUGCUUACCAGUAAUGUAAAAAUAUGCUACUUUUAAAAUUAUCAAAUGCAAAUCAGUGGAAAAUAUUUUACUCUUCAACUUCUAUUGCACUGUUGGACAACUUUCAUUUUCUUGUUUGCCAGAUGGUAUCCUCAGGAAGUCUGCAGAGUAACUCAAAACAGCCUGGUGAAGAACACAAAAUUAAAUCAAAGUCAUCAGACUCAGAAAAGGUACUGGUAGCUGCCGAGUCAUUCAUAUACAAAUUUUUGAACUCACACGAAAAAACCCUGAACCUUGCUGAACCAAACUCCUUAGGGAAAAAAAAUGGUUUGAGUUGGGGUGGAGGGGAGGGAGGGGGGUCGAGUCAGGUGAUAGUAAAUGACCAAAAUCAGCUCUUCUUUUGAGUUACUGAGUUAACCAAGUUCGAGUUAGUAGCGUUCCAUUGUAAUAUCGUACAGAAAGUGAUAGACAGUGUAGAAAAUAAAUUAUAUAUAACCAGCAUCCUGCAGUAUAUGAUGCUAACCAUAGAUUCAUCUGUUUUGUAGGACAGUUCUGAAAUUGCCUCUCUGCAGGACAAACUGAGCCAAGCAAACAAUAAAGUGGCAGAAUUUAGGAAUCAAUGUGACAAACUGAAGAAAGAUUUAAAGGUUGCACACAAGGUGAGAACACUCACUUAUUGAGGUUUUUCAUCUGCAAAUAUUUUACGAUCUUAAAGUGUCAUUUAAUUUCAGUUAAUGCUGGCGUAUUUAUUCUUUUAUUUUUUCUAUUCAUUUAAGGUCCUUGCAAAGGAGGUUGGGGAUGGUUUCAACAUCACCACACUGUUGAAUGACUCCAGUGGUUGGAGAGGACGACAACAGCAGAUCACGUCUUUACAAAACAAGGUAAAAUUUAUCUUAAAGCUCUUCGUAACUUCAGCUGUUUUUAGUGCUUCAAGUAAUAUAUCAAGCACGAGGAAGAGUGUUUCAUCCGAUAUCCAAACACCGAGAAGUGGUUGAAAAAACGAUGCGCAGCCGAGUUUUUUUUUAACCAACUUCAAAGUGUGUGGAUAUCGGAUAAAACGCCCUUUCGAAAGUUUGAUAAAGCUUCUCAAACCAUUAAUAAUUCUUGGAGAAAUUCAAAGCAAAAGUUCACCAAAUUUUAUGAUAAUUAAGAUCACAUAUCCAAACCUCCUUCACGGUUGUAAUUUCCUUUGUUUUCUCAGCAUGAAUUAUGAUGAGUUUGAGAAUGGAAUAGAAAGUUGUAACGGUCGUGAUAACGAUGAGGCAUUUAUAUAGCACAUUAUCCAUACCAAUACUCUCUAAGGCGCUUUACGACACUUUUGGAACUCUUUGGCCACGAGCAUAUGACAAUUUUAAAAAAUUGGUGGUUCCCCCACUUUUUGAAACAAGUGCAGACCACAAUAACCUAAGUUACGUUCCCCACUCCUUUUGAGAAAUGCGUGGGUUCUUCAACGUCCCCUGCUAACCAGUGAAGAGAAGAUGCUGGAGAGGGGGGUUGUGGUUUAUCAUUCUUAACAUGCGAGAAGAUCAGAAUGUCUAAUUAUUUGCAGAUGUCAUUGCAAAGAGAGCAACAUUCUUUUCAGCUAUUUUAAGACUCUGAAUGUUGGUCAUGUAUUCCACUCGACAGGUUACAGAGUUAAAGGCACAGUUGAGUCAGGUGGCUCGUAGCGGCUCAACCACAUCAAACAACAUACUUCUGAGAUCAGCCAUGAUGUCACCAUCCAGCGCUCCUUCUCAGUAUGACGAAAAACAUCGCUCGGUGUUAAAAAAGAUCGAGAAAGAUCGUAAGGAGGCGCAAGAGGUGAGAGACGUAUAUAAAAUCAUAGCAAAAAGAGGGGUCCCGGGAAUAGCGUCAGUAUAGCGUAGCAGAGGUACAAUGAUAAACAUAAGUUACCAUCUGUUAGCAUUUUUUUCAUUUUGCAACUAAGAGAAGGCUCUUGAACGCCAAAUAAAAGUAACACCUCAAACUUUGCUUCAUUAUGUGUAAAAUUGAGCUUCUCGUGUUAUAUUUUUUUUAUUUGUAUUUCCCUAAUAACGUGUCAUCUAAAUGUCUCUGAUAACAUACUCGACGUAAACGUAUUUAUUCUUUGCUCAUGCGCUUAGAAGGAGGGAAAGAAACGACUUCAAUUUCGAGUAGUUGAGAAUUAUAUUUUGUUGGUAUAUUGUACAUGAUACUUUUUUUUGAUAGAAAACUCAGGCGGAGUUAGAGAGUUUGGACCAAGAACACACCAAAUUACAACAGAAACACGACGCCGCUAAAGCGCGCAAUAAGGUGCUGGCUAGUGAACUGAAGGGACUGAAGGCUCAAGUACAAACUCUACUAGAGAAAGGAGCUCACGAUGAUGAACUUAUUGCAGCUCUUAUGGUCUGUUCAACGAAUGAAUGCGUAGCUCUUUGUAUUUAUUAUUGUUGCUGUAAUUACUUUGCGCUUAUGCAGGAAAGGUUGACUGCGCGGUCAACCUACGUGUUUUUGGUUAGCGGAGAUUUACUUGAGAAGAACUCUCUGGUAGUGUUUUACAAAUGGGGUUGAACUUCACGAGCCCAGUAUCAAUAACCAAUAACUUCUGGAGCCAAUCGAUCUAUCUGUUGCGUUAACAUGGCGAGGAGUUUCGCUCCUUCUGCUGCAUGGCUUGAUAGUUCAUCGCACAUAACCCCAGUUAGUACAUGUAUUUUCCGAGUUUGCUAAAUGACAGUUAUCUGGCUGUCCAAUGUACUCAAUAGUGGAGAGAUACAUUGUGAGAGUGAAAUGUCUGUUAUAAGAGCACAGCAAAGUUACCAGACUGGGGCUUGCACCGUUCCUUUCAAAAUGGAGUCAAACAACCAUAAGAAAUAAGAAAUAAGAAGAGGGUAUGUUCCUCCGACAUUGUGAGUGGCGAUUGCUUCUGGAUUGCAAAUGUUCCUGGUAAGAUGAUUUUACUCCGGUGUUAUCUUGGAAUUAAUGGAGUCAUAUCAUUUGUUUUAGAGGGAGCAACAACAGCUGAAGAGUGCAGCAAUUAAAAAGGAAGCUUCCUCACCCCCUAAACUAGUGAACAAUCAACAAGACAAGGCGCAAAUAGAACACCUUACAUUGGCAUGCCAAGAGCGAGAUGGACGGAUACAGCGGCUUGAAGAGGAACUCAGUAAGGCGAGAGUAACUCUGCAAAACACUAACGAGAAAUAUAAGGAGCUGUGCGAGCGCGAGACAAAAUCUGUAGCAUGUGGUACAGAGGACUUACCGACAAAUGAAGAAAGGCUGAAUAACAAUAUUUUUGAAAAUGCUGCCCCUCAUGAGCCGGUCUGUAAAGGACCAUUACCGGUAAACGGUCGUGUGGAGGGAGCAUUAUCCAACGGGCCUCAUGUGGAGAGGGCCGAGCGAGUAGGAUUUCAAAAUAACAGUUACAUGUCACAUAAAAGACAGGUGACUCCUUCGCAGUAUCAUUCAGAAGGGCCUGUUAAAACCCAGGGUCCAUCCGUUCCUGGCAGUCCAGUUCGGCGACACGUGAUGUCACGAGGAAGUGCGAGUGGCACGUCGGGAAGGAAUUCAGCACAGGGAUACCAGUUGCCCCCCACACCACCAAGUGGUGGACGUGGAAGUAGGGGACGCCGGAACAGUGUUGGAGGCAGGUAUGUAAAAAGUGGUACUACUGGUUACUUCAUGCAUGAAAGAAAAUAAAAGCAAAAGGAUGAAUGAGAAAAUGAAAAGGAAAAACUCCGCAUCGGCAGGCAAGAAACGAUGUUUCGCAGAAUUUUAGCCAAUCAACGCAGAAUUUCCUCUUUGUGUCUCUUAGAAAUCUUGUUGUUUUCCUAAGUUGAGAGCUGCACCAGGAAUACUGCCUCAAAUUUUGUCAACCAGUGGCUUCCUUAUAACAUUCUUUAGCCGUAAUUUAUUUUCGAAAGAAACAGCCCGCUGGUUUUUACUCAAUUUUGGUUAUUUCAGUGAAGAGAUCCAAUUAUUAAAAUCUCAACUACAUGAGAGCAAGUCCCUGUGUCAGGCUGCUGAAGUUGAGCGGGAUCGGCUCCUAGAACUGGUUACUCUCUUGCAGAAAAGGUAAUUUACUCAAAGGUUUUUUACGACAGUAGGAACGCGAAGAGAUUUGCGGUGGUUUGGGAAACUAACGGAUGAUUCAGUGAAUAAGAAACUAAUUGCAUAGGUUGAAGGUGAAAAUCGGUUUACAAGUAGGGGUUGCUGUGAUUGUUAAUCAGGCGUUCAGCAAUUUAGCUGGCAGAUAGGGCCACACGACCCUCCUGCAACCGGAACUAGAACACUUUUCCCCUUGAGCUUUUCGUUCCGUCGUUCGUUGGUUAUUUUUUCCUUUUCUAUUUCAUACGUAAAAUUCGCUAUAUAAAAAGGAGAGGUCAUAUGUUGAAAAUUUCAUUUGCUAACUGCUUUUGGAUCUAUUAUAUAAAUGUGUGCUAUAUUUUCAGGGUCGAUGAAGCUAAAAACAGUGAGUUAGAGGCUAUCAACAAAUGGCAGCAGGAACGACGUCAAGUCGUUCACGUGGAGAAGCAGCUGAGUAGAGUCCAGUCGGGACAGGGCGUGGCUAAGGGGCGGGGCAAAGGGUAUGGGUCCGGGGGCACAGGACAGGAAAGACAAGGAAAGCCAGAGGACUUGGACGAUCUUGCAACUCGGUAAGGAACGUGAAUACCCCACUCGGUCGAUUUUUGUAAAUCCGUGAUGAGCCAACGGCAUUUGCAAAGUGGUCAGUUUCUACCUUAUGUGACAAUUCGCUCUGAUGAGAAAAAAGCUUUCCAAAAUUUUGAUAGCGCUGUUGUACUAGGGAGCGUAACUUAAUUUAGCCAUUGGCUCUCUUUUUAAUGACAGUGUUUUUGUGUCCGAACCUCGAUGCUAUGCGAUAUUCGAGAUUUGUCUUUUAUUUCCUUAAGUGAGGGGAAAGCUUCCUUCGUUUAUACUGUGAAUUAUUUGCGGUAAGGGUCAUAUUCGGCCGUAACCUUACAGGAAAAUUAUCAGGUUCGACCGAUAGAAUCUGUUCGUUUUCUGGUGUAGGCUGGCCAUCCAGACAGACGAAAAUGACGCGCUGAAAGAAGCACUCAGUUCCACACUGAAAGCCAAAGAAGAGGACUUGAAAUUUUACCAAGAGAUGAUCGAUCAAACAAAGAAGAUCUUCUUGCAAGGGCUGAGACAAUUUAGACAGAACUCCGCUCCCAGCUAAUGUAUUCCGUUUGGUGUUUGGACUUGAUACUCCAACCCAGAUAAUAUCAUUAUUUACAUGAUCAAGCCUUCAAUCGCUUAUGUCUGUUUUUUCAUGUUUUGUUUCUUGUGGUAAAAUAUAGAAAGCAAAAUAUUUGGGAG